GCAGAUAACUGCGGUUUUAAAUUCAGUAAACCGGUUUUCUCCGGUUUAGUAACGAGUUUAGAUAAUAAUGGAAGAGAGGAGACGAGGAAACUGAGUUAUAGAGAGAUCAGAUAAAAUGGCGACGGGGACGGCGAAGGAGAAACCGAAGAUCGUGUGGAACGAAGGGAGACACAGAUUCGAGACGGAGGAUCACGAAGCUUUCAUAGAAUACAAGAUUGAGAACGACGGUAAAGUCAUGGAUCUGGUUCGAACCUUUGUACCACCGUCAAAAGCAGGAUUAGGUUUGGCUUCGUAUCUCUGCGUCGCCGCUUUCGAACACGCCUCCGAACACUCUUUCUCCAUCGUCCCCACUUGCUCCUACGUUUCUGAUACGUUUCUUCCUCGAAACCCAUCGUGGCAGCAUCUGGUUCACUCAGAGGAUGACAAGACCAUCAAGUCUAGCAUCUGAUCAAGUCCUGCUUCUUUUACUUUAAAGCCUUUGGUGUGUGUAUGAUAAUAAAGCAACUCUAAAACACUUCAGCUUACAAUAUUAAGGCUUGUUUCAUGUCUCUGUAUCGUCUUUUUUUUCACAA